AUGACUGAUCUAACAUUCUGCUACUUGCAUAUGACAUCGAAUGACCUUAAAAUCAUCGACACGCUUGGCACGGCAGAGCAGCUGCGAGGAGACCUUUCUGAUGAUGAGAUGGAUAUUCCUGCGCAUAUGAUCCCUCCGAAUCCUGAUGAUUCCGAAAUACUACCAUCUCAAGUGCACCCCUCAUAUCCCUACGGAAACCCUACUUCCACCAAGCAUCCCGCUGCACGCCCACGCGUUCCGUAUGAUCCGACUUCGCGAGCGCUCUUUGAAGAUAUGGGGUACGGCGGCGGUGGAGUGAAUGGAACCCUCCGCUGGUCGGAUCUCGCCCUCGAAACACUACUACCGACAGAUCACGAGCGCGAAGAAGCUGAGCGUGCUGCUCAAGCACGUCGCAUGGCAAGCGGGGUGGCGCAGACUGGGCAGCAGGCACCACCCAGCGCUACAGGCGCCCUGCCGAACCCGGAUGAGACGAUGCAAACUGGGGACAAUGGUGAGGCUACGGCGGAUGAAGGCGAGGAUGACACAUCAGAACCCGAUAUGGGACAUAUGAUGCAAGGGCAAUCCGAAGACGAGGAACUUGAAGAGGAGGAGGAAGAAGACGAAGACUAUGUGCACGGCGAAGGUAUAUGGACAGACGAUGCUGGAGACGAGGGUUUCUUUGGGGCUGACGACGAUAAUGAGUUGUAG